CCACCGGUGCAGCCAAACAGACACAUCCACCGCGUCCACUGUGUGUAGUCUUUCACGCAGCCGGCCGAAAUACGAGAAAAUCCUCCCCUUCUCUGAUGUCAGCCCGUCUCGGGUGUCCAGCAUCUCUCCAGUCUCCGCUCGAGUAGGUGCUUCAACUCUCUCCUCGCGAAUCACCUUCGCCUCUGUUGUUGUUACUGUUACGCAUCUCCCACGGAUUCGCGAUCGCGUUGGUUGUUGCUAUAUCUCUCGGCUUUCAUCCGGCAGAGUUCUUAAAAUACAUCAUCUGGACUUGCAAUCGACGGCCUGUCAGUCGCUCCUGUACACAUCCGCCAGCCGUGAGUCCAUUGUGAUUGACUAUCGAUUUCGGCUACACGCACAGACGCGCCGUGUAUAGGUGCUCAAUUCGGCCUACAGCAAACGGCUGACGUAUAGGUGACGUGGUGGUGGUGGUGGUUUUAAGUGCGCGAUUUAUAGUGUCGUUUUCGCCUACUUUUCUUGCGCAACUGAUUCGGUGAAUUUCCCUACGUAAAUUAUUCACCCCCUCUCGCGCUAUCUCUACGCCAUUUUGUCUUCAACUCGACAUAGGAUUAUUUCUCGGAUCCAAUUUCUACAAGUCUUUAAGGGCGAUCUGUAAGCGCCGAACAGGAAAAAUGAAAUGAAAAAACAAACAAACAAAAUCAAAGAAUCGAAUCACCCGGAAAGGAAACAAAUGAUGGUUUAGACUAGUGAGGAAAAAAGAAAGAAAAAACAAAAGGUACAAUGGAGUUGCUGGUCGUUAGAUAGAUACGGCGGAUCGGGUUAAUAUAACGAAGCCACCCGGCGUUGCUGAGCCCACGCGCUCGCAGCAGCAGCUCUCAUCGUCGUCCCUGCAUCUGCUGCGUGACUGGUGUAGUCAGGGUGAACGCUUGAUAGUGCAAGUGCAGUGGUAAGCAAUUACGCAAAAGGAAGGCGGGUUGGAGCAUCAGAGUAGCGUGUAGCAUUAAACCGCAUCCAAACUUUGUUAACCUAAAUAAAAGGGGAGGAUCCACAAAUACCAAAAAAAUACGCACAACCCCACUCUCCCAAAAACAGGAAAAUAGGCGAAGGGGGGGAAUUAUAUAAGGAGUCAUUAUCUCUCUCUAUCUCUCUUUUGGGUUCUUAAGCGCCGUCGACUAAUAAUGGAAUUGACCGCUAGCCCUGGAACCGAGAUGCAGUUGCCUCUAUUAGUGUUUCGCCGGUGCUACUACUACCCCCUUGCGGUGAACGAAAGUGAAGUGUGUAUAGCCUAAGCUGAACAACUAAGGAGAUUAUACAUACAGCAGCAGUAGUAGGGUCUCUAUUUCUCUCGACAAAGUUGGCCAUUGCUCCUACCACGGCUCCUUGCCAAUCGAAUCUCAAAAAGUCUUAAGCUCAAAGCAGUGCAAGCAAGCGGGCGGGCGAGCUGCUGGGAAUCUAAUGAAAAUGGCCGCAGCGUGUCAAUCAGCAAUUGUCGUGUCGUGCUGGCUGGUGCUGACGCUGAUAGUGGCGACGGCAUUAGCCAUCGGUGAUUGGCCAGCCAACCAGGAAGGUGGCAAGACCCAAGUGUCCAGCUCGCGGGUGGUCAACACUCGCAAAGGAUCGCUGCGCGGACUCUACCAGGCCUUUGAUGACAAGUCGCUGGCGGCGGUCGAGCUCUUCCUCGGGGUGCCGUACGCUUCGCCGCCGCUCGGCUCGCUCCGCUUCAUGCCGCCCGUCACCGUGUCGCCGUGGCGGGGCAUCCGCCAGGCCGACCGCUACAGCCCAGUCUGCCCGCAGCGAUUCCCGGAUCUCAGCAACGAAACCGAGGCGCUCAAGAGGAUGCCGCGCGGGCGGCUAGAGACUCUCAAGAAACUGGUGCCCAUGUUGACCAACCAGAGCGAAGACUGUCUCUACCUCAACAUUUUCACGCCCUAUUCAAAUGCUUUCGCUUCCAGUCCGACUUCGCUGAAGCCUCGCUACCCGGUGAUUGUUUUCAUCCACGGCGAAUCGUACAGUUGGGGAUCGGGCAAUCCUUACGACGGCAGCGUCUUGGCCGCCGUGGGCAAAGUCGUCGUCGUGACGCUCAACUACCGUCUCGGAGUUUUGGGAUUCCUAAACCCUCACAGCGAUCCGUAUUCCCGAUCAAUUUCCAAUCACGGUUUGAUGGACCAAAUAGCUGCGCUUCACUGGCUCCAAGAGAAUGUACAGGAAUUUGGUGGGGACCCAACGAGCGUGACGCUGAUGGGACACGGAACGGGAGCUGCUUGUGCCACUUUCCUGAUGACAUCGCCCGCUGUACUGGACGGUCUGUUCCAGCGAGCCAUUCUGCUGAGCGGUGCGGCGCUGAGUCCUUGGGCGUUGAUCCAAGAGCCGAACAAGUACGCAGUGGAACUCGUUCGUCACAUGAAUUGUUCCCAGGCCUCUGGUGACGGCGGGACAACGGCCCAGUUGAAGUGUUUGCGAGAGAAAACGGUGCCGUCGCUCAUUAGCGCCGGGAGUCGAGUGGAGACGCCGGAAUUUUUGCAUUCUUUCGGUCCGAGCGUCGACGGCGUCGUCAUCGAAGACGAGUACGAGUCCAACAAGAAGAAGUUGAGCCACCGUCUGAGCCGCUAUGACCUGCUUUUCGGAGUGACGCAAGCCGAAUCGUACUUUACCCUCAGCUCUGACGACAAUCAAUACGGCAUGGAAGUGGACCGACGCAAUCGCCUCCUCCGCACCUUUGUCCGCAACACGUACCAGUUUCACCUGCAAGAGAUCCUGGCCACCAUCAUUAACGAGUACACCGAUUGGGAGAGGACCGUCCUCCACCCAGUCAACAUCCGUGAUGAGACGCUGGAGGCACUCGGAGACGCUCAAUACGUCGCUCCUUUGGUUAAAACGGCCGACCUGCAUUCGUCGCAGCAACGAUCGUCCUACUUUUACGUUUUCGAGUACCAAACGAAAGCCAGCGAAUUCCCACAGAGGCCCGGAUGUGUGCACGGAGAGGAAUUGGCUUACAUAUUUGGCGCACCGCUGGUCGCCUCGCUGAGCCACUUUGGACGCAACUACACCAAAGCCGAAGUGUCUCUCUCGGAAGCCGUUAUUGCCUACUGGUCCAACUUUGCUCGCAGCGGCAAUCCUAAUGACGGAAUCGCCACCAUUGCAUCGGGAAGCCUAGCGGCUGAGGCCAGCAAGCAAGACAAAUCGAAAUCUCGAGUGGACUGGCCACCUUACGACCAGACGCACCGCAAAUAUCUUUCUCUCGGGUUGAAGCCAAAAGCCAAGAGCCAUUACCGUUCGCACAAGCUGGCCAUGUGGACGAACCUAAUACCGGACCUUCAUCGGCCAAGUGGCGACGACGUGGCCCGCGUCCACCACCUACUAGACGACUACAACGACCCUUACUCAUACGACGGAAAAGUCAGAGUGGUGCCGGCCACUCUGGCGCCAACGCCAACCAGCACGUCGUCACCGUCGCCCAUCACGUCGGCCGUCAAUUCCAGUCUGCUCAUGGUGGACUCUUCCAGGAAUAAGGCGGACGGCCAAAAGUACGGCGAACCCGAAGCGUCGAGCAAAUUGACCAACGGGUCGCGGAUCCUGACGUCGACGGGAGGCAACGCCGGGUCGGUGAGAGGGACGGGCGAGAGCAGCAACACGGGAGAGCAGUACGGCGCUUAUUCCACAGCGCUGAGCGUGACGAUCGCCAUCGGUUGCUCGUUGCUGAUUCUCAACGUCCUGAUAUUCGCCGGCGUCUACUACCAGCGCGACAAGCAGCGGAUGGAGUUGAAGCGACGCCUGGAGAACGGCAUGAUCCUCUCGGCCAGCGUGAGCGGAGAGGUGGAAAAUCACGCCUCGUCGAUGGUGUCGUCGUCGAGGUUGUGCAGCAAACCCGAUUUGGCCAACAGCGCUUCGCUGAACAAGAUUGACUCGUCGAGUGGCGGGGCCGGGCACGGCCGGCACCACAGCACGGCGACAGCUUCGGUGGCCAACAACACUUCGUCAUCGGUGAUAUCGCUGAGUUCGCCGUUCAACGCUUCCAUCACUCAGUUGCCGCCGCCCGAGUUUGCUGAUUUCCCUGCCGAUCAGUGCCCGUCUGCAGUGGGGACGCCGGGGGCGACAGGAGUGGCGACGCCCAUGCCGUCGUGCCCCAGCAGCAGCAACAGCAACGGCAGAGCUUCGAUGAUUUCCAGUUCGACGGCUUCUUUCCGUCCGGCAGCGACAGCCGCUCCGGCGUCGACCAGCACUCUGCCGAGAAUGUCGACAACUGUUUUCUGCAAUAAUGAAUACCCAAUGCCGUCGUCAUUGCAGCAAUCGCAACAGCAGCAGCAGCAGCAACGCUCCAUGUCUCUGAGAAAACAACCCAAUAAACGAAUGGCCAGUCCGGUCGGCAACAGUGCCAUUGACGAACUACGGGUCUAGUCAGGCGUGAGCUAACGACCAUCUCAUGUGGGACACUGCUCGCUCCAUGAUGUUAGACCUCGCAUUCGAUUCAGUGCGAAAGAUGCGACUGUGUCAAGUCGAUCGAUACAAGACGCCACUCGAAGCCCAACUGCAUAAGAGUCUGUUGCGGGUGAAGCUUGGACGACGUUGUCGCCCGAAUGUCGUG